AUGUCUGGCGAAAAGAAAGUUAGAUUUUCCGAAAAUGAUCACAUUGAAAUCGAUACAGUCCAAAUUAAAGAUGAGGAAAUGGUAGAUUUUCAAGGUAAAAUCGAGGAAAACGAUGAACUUCAAGAAAACAAUACCAAAAAGUUAGGCGUUGAUGUAAAUAUGGAUUUAGACAUGGAUUUAGAUAAUUCAAAAGAGAAAAAAGUUGGAUUAAUAAAUGGUGUUGAGAAAUUUUCUCAAGGACAAUUAGAUGCUAAAAUGGAGAUCAUAGAGAGUACACAUGAUAAGCUGGACGACUUGGUGAAACCAGUAAAAACAAUCAAGGAUAAAUGGAGGCUUCUUCCAUAUUUUUUAAAGACAGAAGGCUUAGUUAAGCAUCAUAUUGAUUCAUAUAACUAUUUUGUGACAACAGAAAUACAAAGUAUAGUUAGAGCAAAUGCCAACAGAAUGAUCAGAAGUGAUGUGGACCCUUCAUUCUUUAUAGAAUUUUUGGAUGCCAGGGUUGGGAUGCCAAAACUUGAGGAAAACAUGAUUACAGUCGAUCUGACUCCUAUGAUGUGUAGAAUGAGAGAUAUUACUUAUGCUGCACCAAUCUUUGUAGAUGUUGACUAUGUUAGGGGAAAUAGUGUUGUCAGAAAGAAGAACGUGGAGAUUGGGAGGAUUCCCGUUAUGCUAAGAUCUAAAGUAUGCGUUUUAAAUGGAAAAACUGCAGCUGAAAUGGUCAAGCUUAAUGAAUGCCCUCAUGAUCCAGGUGGUUAUUUUGUAGUCAAAGGGACGGAGAAGGCUAUUUUAAUGCAGGAACAGCUUAGUAAAAAUAGAAUUAUUGUAGAGUUAGAUAGCAAGCACAAUUACUGUGCUACAGUUACAUCCACUACGGCUGAAAGUAAAAGCAGAACACUUGUAGUCUUGAAGAAUGGGAAACUUUAUUUACGUCACAACUCAUUUUCUGAUGAAAUACCUCUGUGUAUUGUACUUAAAUCAAUGGGAAUUGAAACUGAACAGGAGAUAUUCUAUAUGAUUGGAAAUGAAUCCCAUCAUCAGGAAGGAAUCAUAAACUCCCUUCAAGAAGUGCAUCAAGAAGGGAUCUUUACUCAAAGACAAGCUUUGUUAUAUAUGUCAAAGAAGGCAAAAUCAAAGUUUAAAGCAACUUUUGGUUCUAUUAGGGGCUUUGAUAGGUCUUCUAAUAUAGAGGAAAGCGCUGAGAACUCUGGAACUUCCGAAUCUGUAGGCUCUAAGAGUUCUUCAUCUAAUACUAGUAUUGAUGAUGUUCUCGAAACCCUAAAUAGAGUACUACUUUCUCACAUUGGAACCAUAUAUACAGACCUUCAUCCAAAAGCUUUAUUUCUCUGCUUGAUGGCAAAAAGAGUUUUGGAUGCUUCUGAAGAUAACUCUUUGUUGGAUGAUAAAGACUAUUAUGGUAAUAAAAGGAUUGAAUUGGCUGGCCAACUUAUUUCUAUAUUGUUUGAAGACCUUUUCAAGAGGUUUUCAGUUCUUACUAAAAAACAAAUUGAUCAAACUUUGAUUCGAUAUUUCCAGACAAGGGAUGCCAGCAAAGCAGGUACAAACAGAGAGGAUCCCAAUUCAUCAUACCCAGAUUGCUUUAGAAAUCUCCCAACUGAUAUUAUUACAAGAGGAAUGCAAACCGCUCUUAGUACUGGUAACUGGUCAAUUAAACGUUUUAGGAUGGAAAGGAGUGGAAUGACACAAGUUCUAACCAGAUUUUCAUACAUUGCAUCUCUUGGAAUUAUGACUAGGGUUGACUCCCAAUUUGAAAAGGCUAGAAAGGUCAGUGGCCCUAGAGCUCUUCAACCCUCUCAAUGGGGAAUUCUAUGUCCUUGUGAUACUCCAGAAGGAGAAUCUUGCGGAUUAGUUAAGAAUUUGGCUUUAACCACUCACAUUACUACAGAUCAUUGCCCACAAUAUCUAACCAGCUUAUUAUUUACAUUAGGAGUUCAAGAUAUUUCAUCAUAUUCAUAUCUUGAUUUUACCACUAAACAAACAAAAAAUUCAUCAAAUGAAAAUUCCAAAUUUGAAUCUUCUGGAAAGAAUAAUAAAAAGAAACAUUAUUAUGUAUUUAUAAAUGGUUCUAUUCUUGGAGUACACAGAAGGCCCGAGUUAUUAGCAAGUCAGCUUAGAAAUUUGAGAAGAAAGGGGUUUAUUGGACAAUUUGUAUCCAUCUUUUGUAAUCAUAUCCAUUCAUCCGUUCAAAUUGCUACUGAUGGAGGAAGACUUUGUAGGCCUUUGAUUAUUGUAGAUAACGGAAUCCCAAGACUUAAAGAAGAACAUAUUGAGAAAUUGGAAAGAGGUGAAAUGGUUUUUAAUGAUUGUAUUUCCCAGGGCAUUUUAGAGUGGAUAGAUGUUAAUGAGGAAAAUAACUUAUUAAUUGCUCUCAGAGAUGAGAACUUAGCUGAUGAUACAACUCAUUUGGAAAUUGAUCCUCUUUCAAUUUUGGGUGUAGUUAGUGGGUUAAUUCCAUAUCCAAAUCAUAAUCAAAGCCCUAGAAACACUUAUCAAUGCGCUAUGGGGAAACAAGUUAUGGGAUCUGUAGGUUUUAAUCAGUUUUUACGUUGUGAUUCUGUUUUGUAUCUCUUGGUCUACCCUCAGAAACCUCUUUGUAAGACAAGAACCAUUGAAAUGAUCAACUUUGAACAGUUACCCGCGGGUCAAAACUCUUCUGUAGCUGUAAUGAGCUUCGCAGGAUAUGAUAUUGAGGAUGCUAUUGUUAUGAACAAGGCUUCUGUAGAUAGAGGGUUUGCCAGAUGUUUUGUUAUGAAAAGACAAACAGUAGAGUUACAGAAAUUACCAAAUGGACUUUCAGAAAGAGUUGUUAGACCUAUAUCAGGAGUAGGGGGAUUAACUGGUAAUGCUGGAAACAGACGCUUUUUAUACAAAAAUGAAAGUAUCCUAGAUAUUGAUGGAGUUUGUAAUGUAGGUGUACAAGUUUCUGAGGAUGAUAUUAUUGUUAACAAGAUGUCCCCCAUUAAUACAAGAGAGUAUGUUGGAGAUCCAUCACAAAUUGACCUUUCUGAAUAUAAGCCUUCUCCUGUUAAAUAUAAAGGUCCAACAUCAUCUUAUAUAGAUAGAGUUAUCCUCACUGAAAAUGCAGAUGGGAAUCAAAUAUACAAAGUUAUUACUAGGCAAACAAGGAGACCAGAGCUUGGUGACAAAUUUAGUUCUAGGCAUGGACAAAAAGGUGUUGUUGGGUUGAUCAUUUCUCAAGAAGAUUUACCGUUCUCAGAAACUGGAUGGUGUCCUGAUCUUAUUAUGAAUCCUCACGGUUUUCCAUCAAGAAUGACUGUUGGAAAGUUAUUGGAACUCAUUUCCAGCAAAGCAAGUGUUUUGGAUGGUAAUUAUAGAUAUGGAACCGCUUUUGGAGGUACUCCUCUUGAGGAAUCUGCUAAAUGUCUAGUAGAACAUGGUUUUCACUAUUCUGGAAAAGAAUAUCUUACAUCAGGAACUACAGGUGAAGCAAUUGAAGCUUAUAUUUUUGUUGGACCUAUUUAUUACCAAAAAUUAAAGCACAUGGUUCUUGAUAAAAUGCAUGCUAGAGGAAGAGGUCCCAGACAAAUUCUCACCAGACAACCUACUGAAGGUAGAUCCAAAGACGGAGGACUCCGUCUUGGUGAGAUGGAAAGAGACUGUUUAGUAGCUUAUGGGGCAAGUAAUCUUUUAAUUGAAAGACUUAUGUUAAAUUCAGAUGUUUUUGAAACUAAUGUAUGCAAUCAAUGCGGUCUUUUUGGUUAUAAUAAUUAUUGUCACUAUUGUAAAAGCUCUCAAGAUGUAUCUAUUAUCAGACUUCCAUAUGCAUGUAAACUCUUGUUCCAAGAGUUACAAGCAAUGAACGUUUGCCCCCGAAUCAGAACUAGUAUUAAGUAA